GUGACAGCGGGCCCGGGACGGGCGGCCGCGGGUGCCCGCCGCGCCGAGGGACCGCCGGGCAGCGGAGAGCAGGCCUUUUCUUCCAGCAAGGAAAUGUCCACAAGAACUGAUAGCACAAUAGGGGAAACAGGACAUUGUAUCAGGUUGUGAAGCAUGGAGACUGGCUCAGUGGUCCGCGCCAUCUUUGACUUUUGCCCUAGUGUAUCAGAGGAGCUGCCACUCUUUGUGGGGGAUAUUAUCGAGGUGUUGGCAGUGGUGGAUGAAUUUUGGCUUCUAGGGAAGAAGGAGGACGUUACAGGACAGUUUCCUAGCAGUUUUGUGGAAAUUGUGACCAUCCCCAGUCUAAAGGAGGGAGAGAAGCUCUUUGUAUGCAUCUCUGAGUUUGCAUCCCAGGAACUGAGCAGUCUUCCCCUCCAUCGAGGUGACCUGGUGAUUCUCGAUGGCACUCCCACGGCAGGCUGGCUGCAGGGCCGAAGCUGCUGGGGUGCUCGGGGCUUCUUCCCAUCUUCCUGUGUUCGGGAGCUCUGCCUUUCUUCUCAAAGCAGGAAGUGGCAUUCCCAGAGUACCCAGCUUCAAAUUCCAGAAUAUUCCAUGGGACAAGCUUGGGCCCUGAUGGGUCUCUCUGCCCAGCUGGAUGAGGAGCUGGACUUCAGGGAAGGGGAUGUGAUUACCAUUAUUGGAGUUCCUGAGCCGGGCUGGUUUGAAGGGGAGUUAGAGGGUCGAAGAGGCAUUUUCCCAGAAGGUUUUGUUGAGCUUUUGGGUCCCCUGAGGACUGUAGAUGAAUCUGUAAGUUCUGGAAAGGGAGAUGACCACGUUGCUAAUGGUAACAUAGAAAUCCCUGGAGGAGAAGAAGGGAGAGGGCUUGCUGAGGAUGAUGAAGGCGAACAAGGAGGCUCAUAUGGAAUUGCCCUCUACAGAUUCCAAGCCCUAGAGCCAAAUGAGUUGGAUUUUGAAGUUGGAGAUAAAAUUCAAAUUCUGGCAACCUUGGAAGAUGGCUGGCUAGAAGGAAGGCUAAAGGGCAGGACAGGCAUUUUUCCUUACCGGUUUGUAAAGUUAUGUCCAAGCACCAGGACUGAGGAAGCCCCGACCCCCCUACAAGAAGAUGGCCUCACCAAGACCCAGGAGAGCUGUUUGGAUGGAUUUGAGAACUCAGUAGUAGUGGAGGAACCAAAACAGGAAUCUCAAGAGUACCCGGCGGUGAAGCCCAGCCAUGUUCCUUCUGACAUGUGCAUUUCUCCUUCAGAGCCCUGGGCUCCUGAACAUGAUGGAAAUAAGCUCUGUGGUCAAGAUGUAGCCACCUUGGGAGCAGGAGGGUACUCCAGAAGUUCAGGUGAAAGGCAUGAAAGACCUCUUGCUAAAGAUCCUUCCAUGCCCAAGCCUUUGGAGGGAGUCAAUGGUAUUUCCUCCCAACCUCAAGUACCUUUAUAUUCCAAAGUGCAGAAAAAUCAGUAUUGUUCUACAUUAGGAGCAAAAAGCUCAGAACAGUUCUCUGACCUUCCACUGGAAGGCAGGACUAGAGACUACUCCAGCCUCCCUCACAAAAAAACAUGUGCCCAGCAAAGAGCCCUUCAGAGGCCAGGGCCUCCCCUUCACAGGGCCUCUUCCCUCACUGGCUCCAGAACAGCCAAACCCAGCCAGUGGAGUCCCCAGCUCCAUGCCAUGGCCCGGUAUGCUAAGAAGCACUUCACGUCCAGAGAAAGUGCCAACAGCUUCUGUUCUGAAUUAGAGAGCUCACAGAGAAGGCCUGGUCCCCAAGGUAAGGAGCUGGCCACAGAUGUCACCACACUGUCACUGGGACACAGCACUGACCUAGAUUCUAAGUUGACACAACAGUUGAUCGAGUUUGAGAAGAGCCUGUCAGGGCCUGGUAUUGAGCCAGAGAAAAUUUCACGCCACUUUUCAAUCAUGGACUUUAAUUCUGAGAAGGAUAUUGUUCGUGGUUCCUCCAAGUUCCUCUCCCUGCAAGAGCCACUCGAAAGGAAGAAGGUCCUGAGGCCACCACCACCCAGACCCUCUACUCCAGUGUUCACAUCCCCACACUUGCUAGCUGACCAGAGACCCAAGCCUGCACCCCUCUUGGUCAUGCGACCCUCUCGCCCAGCUCCCCUGCCUCCUUCUUCACAGCCCAGGGUGAAUGCAGCAUCCCCCAGACCCCUCUCUGGUCAUCAUCCUGGCUGGGAGGCCCUAGAAAAGGAGGCCCCUGAGCAUGUAGAAAGGAGUCUGGAGCAGACUUUCCCAUGCCCCUCAGUACUGGUGAGGAUUCAGGAAGUGGAGCAGGACCUGGAUAUGUACACCAGAGCUCAGGAGGAGCUCAGCUCCAUGCUGGAGGAGAAGCAGGAUGAAUCCUUAGAAGCAGAAGCCCUUGAGAAUCUUGAGUCCUAUGAGAAUAACAUUCAAAGUCUGAAUCUGGAACUCCAGCAACUCAGAGAAAUGACACUCCUCUCAUCUGAGUCUUCAUCCCUGGCUGCCCCUUCUGGCUCUGUGUCCACUGAAACCCCAGAGCAGAGGAUGCUGGAGAAGAGGGCCAAGGUGGUAGAAGAACUUCUUCAGACAGAACGAGACUACAUUCGGGAUCUGGAGAUGUGCGUUGAGCGGAUCAUGGUGCCCCUGCAGCAGGCACAGAUACCAAACAUUGACUUUGAGGGACUUUUUGGAAACAUGCAGAUGGUAAUUAAAGUCUCUAAGCAGUUAUUGGAGGCUCUAGAAAUCAGCGAUGCCGUAGGACCUGUGUUUCUUGAUCACCGAGAUGAACUUGAAGGAGCAUACAGGGUCUAUUGUCAGAAUCACGAUGAGGCCAUUUCACUGCUAGAAAUCUAUGAGAAGGACGAGAGGAUCCAGAAGCAUCUUCAGGACUCCUUGGCAGAGCUUAAGAGCCUGUACAAUGAAUGGGGGUGUACCAAUUAUAUUAAUCUGGGCUCCUUCCUCAUCAAGCCAGUACAGAGAGUCAUGCGCUACCCAUUGCUGCUAAUGGAGCUGCUGAAUUCUACCCCAGACUCCCACCCAGACAAAGUACCUUUAACCAGCGCCGUCCUUGCCGUGAAGGAAAUCAACGUGAACAUCAAUGAAUAUAAACGUCGAAAAGAUCUGGUGCUCAAGUACCGAAAGGGCGAUGAAGACAGCCUUAUGGAGAAGAUUUCCAAACUGAAUAUCCACUCCAUCAUCAAAAAGUCCAACCGCGUCAGCAGUCACCUGAAGCACCUCACUGGAUUCGCUCCCCAGAUAAAGGAUGAAGUAUUUGAGGAAACAGAAAAGAACUUCCGAAUGCAAGAGAGAUUAAUUAAAUCAUUUAUCCGAGACCUGUCCCUCUACCUCCAGCAUAUCCGAGAGUCAGCCUGUGUGAAGGUGGUGGCUGCAGCAAGCAUGUGGGACCUGUGCAUGGAGAGGGGACACCGUGACCUGGAGCAGUUUGAGAAGGUGCAUCGCUACAUCAGCGACCAGCUCUUCGCCAGCUUUAAGGAGAGGACAGAGCGGCUUGUCAUCUCUCCUUUAAACCAGUUACUGAGCAUGUUCACUGGGCCCCACAAGCUGGUGCAGAAGCGCUUUGACAAGCUCCUGGAUUUCUACAACUGCACCGAACGGGCAGAGAAGCUCAAGGACAAGAAGACCCUGGAGGAGCUGCAGUCUGCCCGGAACAAUUAUGAGGCCCUGAAUGCACAGCUGUUGGAUGAGCUGCCCAAGUUCCAGCAGUAUGCACAGGGGCUCUUCGCCAACUGCAUUCACGGCUAUGCUGAAGCCCACUGCGACUUUGUGCAGCAGGCGCUAGAGCAGUUGCAGCCGCUGCUUUCCUUACUCAAAGUGACCGGGAGAGAGGGCAACCUGAUCGCCAUCUUCCACGAGGAGCACAGCAGGGUCCUGCAGCAGCUCCAGCUCUUCACCUUCUUCCCAGAGGCACUUCCGGCCAGCAAGAGGCCAUUUGAGAGGAAGACCACAGAGCGCCAGUCUUCUCGGAAGUCCCUCUUGGGCCUGCCCAGGUACAUGUUCCAGUCUGAAGAGCUCCGCGCCUCCCUGCUGGCCAGGUACCCCCCAGAGCAACUCUUCCAGGCAGAGCGUAACUUCAAUGCCACUCAGGACUUGGACGUCUCACUUCUGGAAGGUGACCUAGUGGGUGUGAUUAAAAAGAAAGACCCUAUGGGCAGUCAGAACCGCUGGCUGAUCGACAAUGGAGUCACCAAAGGCUUCGUGUACAGCUCCUUCCUGAAGCCAUACAACCCUCGGCGCAGCCAGUCAGACGCCUCGGUUGGCAGCCACUCAUCCACUGAGUCUGAGCUGGGUAGCUGCUCCCCCAGGUUCCCGCGGCAGAAUAGUAACAGCACCUUGACCUUCAACCCGGGCAGCAUGGCUGUGUCCUUCACCCCAGGAUCUUGCUCCCCGCAGUCUCAAGAUGCAUGUUCACUGAAGGAAUGUGACCAAGGCACUCUGAGUGCACCCUUGGCCCCGGGGAGUCCGGGGAGCCCAGGAAGUGGUCCUGCCAGGUGCCUUGCUGAGCCAGAGCCCCCCUGCCAGCCCAGGCCUGGGCACUCAGCGGAUGUGGCCAGAGAUACGAGCCAGCCCUCUGCCACCCUGAAAGGCUGCUACCAAGGCUACAAGCAUCCCGAGGCAUCUGGUUACUCUGUGCCAGGGCGAAAUGGGCAAGGUAAUGACCUUGUGAAAGGAAAUGCAAGAGCCAGCCAGGCUCUGGAAGAGAAAAACAAAGAUCUGGAAAGCAGUGAGGUGGAAGGAAACCAGGUCUAUUUCGCUGUCUACACCUUCACCGCUCGGAACCCAAAUGAGCUGAGUGUGCCAGCCAAUCAGAGACUAAGGAUCCUCGAAUUUAAAGACGUUACAGGCAACACAGAGUGGUGGUUGGCUGAAGUUAACGGAAAGAAGGGUUACGUCCCAUCCAAUUAUAUCCGCAAAACCGAGUACACCUGAGCCCAGGCUGCCUCCCACUCACUCAACCUUGCUGCCUUCACUUUCAGUCUGCUGAAGGCUCCACUGGGCCACCAGGCACCUGCCCUGAAGACACAGGCCCCGCACUGCGCUUCCAUCCACAGCGGCAGAGCACGAGGCAAGCACUGUUCUCCAUUGCUUGUAAACCCAGACGUUAACUAGGAUUUCUAGAAUUUGAAGUGGACCCCAAGCCUUGCACAUGAUUCAGUGACCAUAAGAAGAGACAGGGCCAGGGUCAGCCUUUGGAAAUGACAGAUUUGCAAUCAGAAGACUGGUAUUGUAUGUAUGCUCACGUUAGAGGAUGCCAGCGUUGGUUGUAGCAUAUUGAGUCUGGGGUGGCCUGUGAUCAACUGACCUGUUUGAAUGGGGGGAAGAAGUAGGGCUCUCAGCACCCUUGGACCAUGCUUUUGUAAGUGGCAAGAAUUGCACCAGAAUUGCACCAUACUUAGAGCUUCAGAAACAAGAUACUUCCAGAGUCCAGCAUUCCUCUCCUCUCUCCUUUCCUUCCUUCCCUUCCCCUCCUCUCCCCUCUUCCCCC